UUAAUUAAAAGAGAGACAGAGAGAGAAUACCUCCCCCUCUCCGUCCUGGAUUGACUGAAUGGCUUCCUUGUACCAGAGAUUCGGCGGGAAGAUCAACACCUCCAGAUCUUUCCCGGUGACUCCCGAGGCGAGUCACCUGCUGGGUCCCCAAUGCGCCGAAGAGGACAGUUCCGCGGCGGCGGCGGCCGCUGCCAACGCAGCCGGCGGAGAUGGGAAAGCGUCGCGUCCAUUGCAACAAGACAACCCCCGACCCCGCUUCCAAUACCAGGCGAGGAGGAGUGACUGCGAGGAAGAAGAUGAGCUGGUGGGGAGCAACCCUCCACAAAGGAACUGGAAAGGAAUUGCAAUUGCAUUACUUGUUAUUCUGGUUAUCUGCUCCUUGAUUGUCACUUCAGUUAUCUUGCUGACACCAGUUGAAGAUAAUAGCCAGUCUCAAAAGAAGAAGAUUACAGUGGAAGAUCUGUUCAGCGAAGAUUUCAAAAUUCAUGACCCAGAGGCUAAAUGGAUAAGUGAUACAGAAUUCAUUUAUAGAAACCGGAACGGCUCUGUGAUACUGCACAAUGUUGAAACAAACAACUCAACGGUGUUAAUAGACAACAAAAUAAUUGUGUCCAUGAAAGCUAUUCGAUAUGAAGUUUCACCAGACAAGAAAUACGGACUUUUUGCCUAUGAAAUUGUGCCGACGUAUCAGCACUCGUAUACAGCUUUUUAUGUCCUCCGAAAACUGCCUGAUGGGGAACCUCAAAAUUUGUAUCCUCCCGAAGUUAGCAAUACAAAGCUUCAAUAUGCAGGAUGGGGACCCAAAGGCCAACAGCUGAUAUUUAUCUUUGAGAACAACAUCUACUACUGUGCCCAUGUGGGGAAGCAAGCCAUCCGCGUGGUCUCCACUGGGAAAGACAAGGUUAUUUUCAAUGGACUCAGCGACUGGCUGUAUGAAGAGGAGGUCCUGAAGACCCAUAUUGCACACUGGUGGUCCCCUGAUGGAACAAGGUUAGCGUAUGCAACUAUCAAUGACUCCAGAGUCCCCACUAUGGAAAUACCUAUGUUCACAGGCAGCCUCUACCCUAAAGUGGAGACCUAUCAUUACCCAAAGGUUGGAACAGAAAAUCCUAGCAUUUCCUUACAUGUCAUUGGUUUGAAUGGGCCCACUCACGAUUUGGAAAUGACUCCUCCUGAUGAUCCAAGAAUGAGGGAGUACUAUAUAACCAUGGUGAAGUGGGCAACCAGUACCAAAGUUGCAGUAAACUGGCUGAACAGGGCACAGAAUUUUUCUAUCCUAACUCUCUGUGAUGCAACAACUGGAGUCUGCACAAAGAAACAUGAAGAUGAGAGCAUAGCCUGGCUGCACAGACAGAACGAAGAGCCCGUCUUCUCCAGAGAUGGCAGGAGGUUCUUCUUUGUCCGAGCCAUCCCUCAGGGAGGGCGAGGCGAGUUUUACCACAUUGCCAUGUCUUCAUCGCAGCCCAACAGCAGCAACGAUAAUUUGCAGUCAAUCACAUCGGGUGACUGGGAUGUGACCAGGAUUUUGGGAUAUGAGGAAAGGCACCAUAAAAUCUAUUUCCUCAGCACAGAAGAGUUGCCAAGGACACGACAUUUAUACAGUGCCAGCACUAACGGGAACUUCAACAGGCAGUGCCUCUCUUGUGACCUGGUAAACAACUGCACGUACUUCAGUGCAUCCUUCAGCCACAACAUGGCCUAUUUCAUCCUGACUUGCGAAGGUCCAAGAGUUCCAGUGGUAACAGUCCACAACACAUCAGAUACGCAAAAACUCUUUGACCUAGAGUUAAAUGAAAAGGUGCAGAAGGCAGUAGCAGAGAGACAGAUGCCCAAAGUGGAAUACACAGAAAUCAAGAUUCAUGAUUACAAAUUGCCGAUGCAGAUUUCAAAGCCGGCCGUCUUCACCGAAAACAUGCACUACCCCUUGCUUCUUGUUGUCGAUGGGACUCCAGGCACACAGAGCGUGACAGAAAAGUUUGAGGUGAACUGGGAAAGCGUUAUGGUCAGCUCGCAUGGCGCCAUUGUGAUGAAGUUUGAUGGGCGUGGAAGCGGUUUCCAAGGGACCAAGCUGCUCCACGACGUGAAGAGGCGGUUGGGUGUUUUCGAGGAAAAGGACCAGACGGAAGCUGUCUGCACAAUGCUGCAAAACACAUAUAUUGAUAAGUCGAGAGUCGGUGUGUUUGGAAAGGAUUAUGGAGGCUACUUGAGCUCUUAUAUCCUCCUUUCUGGAGAAGAGAACAAGGACCCCGUCUUCUCCUGUGGUGCUGCUCUUUCCCCACUGACAGACUUCAGAUUAUAUGCUUCGGCCUUUUCAGAAAGAUACUUGGGAUUACAAGGGAUUGACAAUAAAGCAUAUGAGACUACUAAACUGGCACAUAAAGCGAUGUCCUUGAAAGAUCAGAAGUUUUUGAUCAUUCAUGCAACUGCUGAUGAGAAAAUCCACUUCCAGCACACUGCUGACCUCAUCACACACCUAAUUAGGGCAAAGGCUAAUUACAGCUUGCAGAUAUACCCUGAUGAAGGUCAUUACUUCAACAACCCAGCCCUGGAGCAGCACCUGUACAAGUCCGUGGUCAAUUUCUUCGCAGAGUGUUUCAAACCCCAGGACAAACCCCCCGUAGUUUCAACGAAAGAGGAAGAGGAUGAGGAUUAACCCUUCGGGCUUGUGCUCAUGAGCACAAGGCAGUUUAUAAUAAAUUAAUAAUAAAUAAUAAUAAUAAUAAUAUGCAACUGAAUCUCUCUGUUUCACCCCCGGAGAAAGAAGCAUUACAUGAGCAUGUAUUUAACAAAAAAACUGAAAAGGAGAAGCAGCCCACCUGCUUGUUGUACUAGAUCAUGACUCUUUCCUGAACGGGAGAACAUUUAAGCAUGAGGAACUCUGCAGAAACUGCUGUUCAGAAUGAGAAAAAGAAAAGAAAGGAUCUUCAUGUCUUCUCUUGCCACAAAGUGACUUCUGGAGUAAGAUGCUCAAAUCAGGAAACUGGACUUAGGAGGAGAUUCCCCCAAGAUGACUAUUAAACAAACCCCUUUGCAUUGAAAGUAUUCAAGCGGUAGGAAUGAAAAACCCACCAUCUGUCUGUGUUAGGGUUCCCUUAGUUAGCGCCUCAUUGUCUCAGAUAAGACUACCAACCAUGGAAUAAAGAUUAUAGCACAAUUAUUUUUCCAAGGUACCAACUUAUGUGUUGUUUGCCCAUUGUCCUCUGGAUUUCAGAGAAUUGGUCAUUGCUACAGAACUGCUCCGCUGAGCAGAGGUUUCCUUUGUAGCAAGCCCCGCUGUAGUCACACCAACUUUUAAUUAAACUUCAUGCACUGUAUAGGUCUUUCUGUAUAUAGUGUUUAUCUGC